UUGCCGCUAUUCUCUGUGCAUUCUUGCUUUCAUUCUUUGCCUGGGCGACAUAAUACUCUCGGCCCGAAAGGGCGUCUCUCAUUUCAUCACAUCACUUCCUCGCUCGUGGCUGCAAUGGGAAGGAAGGUACUCAGCGCCGAAAAAGCAAAUGAGCUGCUUUUUCGCAAGCUUCUCAACGCCCUCCGAGACACUGAUCUACUCCAUCGGGGCGCUUCUUGCUUUGUGGUGUAUGCACACGACUCCGCCGCAAACCCCCAUGAUAACGUGCCCGCGCACGCAGAAACCACAAGAUGGAUCAUCGAGCGACUCCGUCUGCUAUGUCCUUCCACGCUCUCAGAUCGCAAUCCCGUACCGCCGUUCGAGAGCCGUGCAGACGAUUAUGACUCGUGUCAUGACAUCGUCGCCAACCAGGCCUGCCUGAUACCAGGGCUCAAGCGCACGAGCGAUGGUGGUAAGGUGGGCACGGUCGACAAAGCAAUCAUCUGCGUAUCGCCCAGGCUUUGCAAAUACUUGGAAACGCGAUUUGCCAAGAGAUACAUGGAGUCAAUUCGUCAAGCAUACAGACAGCAUCGAAGUCGACCAAGGAACGAAGUUGUUGCAAUAAUCAGGAACCUGGUCGAGCAGUCCCACAAGCACCCUGACUUCCACCAUGUGCUCACCGAAUUUGGCUUGCUCACCCUGGACAAGGACAUCGUCAAAGAUGUGCCCCGAACAAUUUUGCUCACCCUUAACUCGGCUACAUUGGACCUACCAAUGUUCCCAAAUACCAGCCUCCAGAUCCUCUCCCCCCGGCGUGAACCCUCGACGCACAAAGCUUUUUUCAAGUUGCUCAAACGCGUACAUGAGAACCACGACUCUAUCAUAAAACUCUACGCAGAAGCUUAUAGUAGGAAUAAAGUUACGCAGAACGUAACAGAGAGCACAUUUCGCGCCCGGAUUGCUGGGGUCAUCAAUCAGAUACACGAGGAGACACAGCGUCUAUCGGUACAGCGUGCACGUAAUUCUCUCGCCCGCGACAGAAACAGCCUGAAGCAAGCCGAAAGCUCAAAAGUGGGCAAAAUACCAGAAACAUCAUCCAUCAUCCCUUUUUCCCGGGACAGAGACUUUAUUCAGCGAGGGGACCUGCUUGAUCGCAUUCACAUUUCAUGUGCUGAACCUGGCUCAAGUACCGCGCUCGUGGGCCCGGCUGGUGUUGGGAAAUCUCAAUUGGCAAUCCAAUAUGCGCACGAGGUUCGAGAGAAGUUCCCCAACACUUGGGUUUUCUGGAUACACGCAAGCAACGCUGCCCGAUAUGAGCAGGGUUUCCGCCAAGUAGCAGGCCUCGUCGAGCUACCCGGACGGCAGGAUCCUAAUGGGAACAUCUUCGAGCUUGUGCACAACUGGCUGCGUGGCGGGACAGGCAGAAGAUGGAGACUGAUUCUUGAUAAUGUCGAUGAUCCGAGCUUCCUUUUUGGCAUUCCUGGCAAAGCUGGCGACACUCGGAAUCCUAGUCAGUUGAAAACGAGGCGGCUCCUCGAUUAUCUCCCCAACUGCGAGAACGGAUCCAUCCUGGUCACAUCGCGCAGCAAGCGCGCGGUCGAGGAUCUGGUCGAGCCAGCCAAUAUCGUGCAGAUAGAUCCCAUGGGUGGGUCAGAGGCGAUCAGUCUCAUUGAGACGAAGUUGGGAACUAAGAACGACAAAAAGUCCAUCGAAGCACUUGCCGCCGCACUUGAGUACAUGCCGCUAGCGAUCAUCCAAGCAACAGCCUACAUCGCCAACAGAGCUCCUCUUUGUUCCGUGCAGCAAUACUUGGAGAAGUUUGCACAAAGCGACCGGAAAAGAGCUUCUCUUCUCGAGCGUGAUGUUCGCGGCAGACGGUUUCGACGGGAUCCCGAGAAUAAGAAUUCGAUCAUCAUCACAUGGCAAAUCUCAUUCAAGCAAAUCCAGCAAAUUAGGCCAUCUGCAGCCGAGCUGCUUUCGCUCAUGAGCUUCUUCGAUCGCCAGGGCAUCCCGCAGGACAUCCUCUGGCCCUUGAACCAGGAGAAUGGUAUGACUCACUAUCUGCACCAAGCGCGACAGGAAGUGAUUCUGGGCGACUCAAGUAGCGAUGAAGACGGGGACACCAACGAAUGGGAUACCGAAGGUCUGAAUUCAAACGCGAGCGAGGAUGUCGACAAAUUUGAGGAUGAUAUUGCCCUUCUGCAUGACUUCUCGUUACUUUCCACGAACGAUGACGGAAAGACAUUCGAAAUGCACAGCUUAGUACAAUUAGCUACGCAAAGAUGGCUUGAAGACGAAGGCCAUCAACAGCAGUGGAGGUCAGAGUUUGUCGAACGGCUCAAUGCCAAGCUUCCAAACGGGAACUACGAGAAUUGGGCAACAUGGCGGAUCCUUUUGCCACACGCAGUCGCGGCAUCGACGCAGCAGCCAGCAGAGCGUAGCUCCUUGAUCAUCUGGACUGAGAUCCUCUACAAAAUGGCAUGGUACCUUACCAAGAUCGGGAGGCAUCGUGAAGCGCAAAAGAUGGCCCAGACUUCAGUAGACCAUCGCCUCAAGAUGUUAGGGCGGCAACAUAGGUUGUGUCGAAACGCUUUGAAUUUAUGCGCCACUACAAAUUGGUCAAACGGUCAUUGGGAGGCAGCGGAGAAGCUGUUUUUGGAAAUUCUGGAGUUUGAAAAGCAGAACCUCGGACCAGAUCACCCAGAUAUGCUUGGCAGUAUGGAAAAUCUGGCAUCGACGUAUGGUACACAAGGCCGACUAAAGGAAGCAGAGGAAUUACAAAUAGCAGUACUAGAGACAAGAAAGCAGAAACUCGGACCAGAUCAUCCGAACACACUUCACAGCAUGGCAAAUCUAGCAUCUACCUACUCGCACCAAGGCCGAUACAAGGAAGCAGAGGAACUGGAGGUAGCAGUAUUGAAAAUGAGGACGCGCAAACUUGGACUAGAUCAUCCGAGCACGCUUCUUAGCAUGGCAAAUCUAGCAUCUACCUACUCGGACCAAGGCCGAUACAAGGAAGCAGAGAAACUGGAGGUAGCAGUACUAGAGAUGAGAAAGCAGAAACUCGGACCAGAUCAUCCGAACACACUUCACAGCAUGGCAAAUCUAGCAUCUACCUACUCGGACCAAGGCCGAUACAAGGAAGCAGAGGAGCCACAACUGGCAGUACUAGAGAUGAGAAAGCAGAAACUCGGCCUAGAUCACCCAGAUACUCUUCACAGCAUGGGACAUCUAGCGUCGACAUACUAUACACAAGGCUGACUAAAGGAAGCAGAGGAGCUGGAGGUGGCAGUGUUGGAAAUGAGGACGCGGAAACUCGGACCUGAUCACCCAGAUACUCUUCAAGGCAUGCACAACCUGGCGAUGACCUUAGAAUCCCUGGGGCGAAAAGAUGAAGCCGUUUCGUUGAUGGAACAAUGUGUCCAUCUACGGA